UGUACGAUUUUUCGGUUUUCCGGUUGCAGUUUCGAGAAUGAACUACUUGUCCGCCUGUCUUGAGGUGGCACUGAAGGACGGCAAGUACGUCGUGGGCUACAAGCAGUCGCUGAAGGCCUUGCGCGGGGGCAAGGCCAAGCUGGUGGUCCUGGCCAGCAACAUACCAAGCGACAUGAAGUCAGAGAUGGAGAAGUACGCCGCCGAGACGAAGACCCGGGUGAUGCGCUUCUGCGGCAACAAUUUCGAACUGGGCAACGCCAUUGGCAAGUACUUCAAUGUGGGCACAUUGGUCAUUACCGACACUAAGGUCUCGGAGCAGAUUAUCCACUUAUUGGCCGCCGACAACCGCGAAAAAUAAUUUAAAUAAAAUGUUUUAAUGAGU